CCAGCGCCCGCUGGGCCGCCGUCUCCGCCUGUCGCUGGCUCCGCGGCCGCCGGCUCCGACGAAGCGAAGGGCGGAGGGGAGGGGCAGGCGGCGCCCAGGAGGGAGGCACCGGGCCGCUGGCCAAGCCGACCGGGGUCACAAUUUGGGUUUGCAGCAAAAAUGCUUUCAGAACAGACAACAGCCCUGGGGACAGGAUGGGAGUCGAUGAAUGUCCAGCUGGAUGGAGCAGAGCCCCAGGUAGAAAGGGGCAGCCAAGAAGAGGGGCCGUGGAGAACAGCACCAGGGCCCCUGGAACACCUGUGCUGUGACCUGGAAGAGGAGCCACAGUCCCUUCAAGAGAAGGCUCAGUCAGCUCCCUGGGUUCCUGCUAUUCCCCAGGAGGGGAGCACCGGAGACUGGGAGAUGGCAGCUGCACUUCUUGCAGCCGGAUCACAGGGCCUGGUAACCAUCAAGGAUGUGUCACUGUGCUUCUCUCAGGAGGAGUGGCGGAGCCUGGACCCUUCUCAGACAGACUUUUAUGGAGAAUAUGUCAUGCAGGAAAACUGUGGGAUAGUGGUCUCUCUAAGGUUUCCAAUCCCCAAACUGGACAUGCUUUCUCAACUAGAAGGAGGGGAAGAGCAGUGGGUCCCUGACCCACAGGACUUAGAGGAGAGGGACAUCCUGAGGGUCACAUAUACAGGAGAUGGAAGUGAGCACGAGGGAGAUACCCCUGAACUAGAAGCAGAACCUCCCAGAAUGUUAUCUAGUGUGUCCGAAGAUACUGUUCUCUGGAACCCGGAGCACGAGGAGAGCUGGGAUUCCAUGCCCAGGAGCUCCCGAGGAAUGCUCCUGGGCCCACCUUUUCUACAGGAAGAUAGCUUCUCAAACCUUCUGUGUAGCACAGAGAUGGAUUCCCUAUUAAGACCGCACACGUGCCCCCAGUGUGGGAAACAGUUUGUGUGGGGCUCCCACCUUGCAAGGCACCAGCAAACGCACACUGGAGAGAGGCCCUACAGCUGCCUUAAGUGUGAGAAGAGCUUUGGGAGAAGACAUCACCUGAUCCGGCACCAGAAAACCCACCUGCAUGACAAGCCCAGCAGGUGCUCUGAGUGUGGCAAGAAUUUCCGAUGCAACUCCCACCUGGCCAGUCACCAGAGAGUGCACGCAGAAGGCAAAUCCUGCAAGGGCCAAGAGGUCGGAGAGAGCCCUGGGGCUAGGAAACGGCAGCGUGCCCCACCCGUGCCAAAGUGCCACGUGUGCACUGAGUGUGGGAAGAGCUUUGGCCGACGGCACCACCUAGUGAGACACUGGCUGACCCACACUGGGGAGAAGCCCUUCCAGUGCCCUCGCUGUGAGAAGAGCUUCGGCCGGAAACAUCACCUGGACAGGCACCUGCUGACUCACCAGGGACAGAGUCCCCGGAGCAGCUGGGACAGAGGGACAGCUGUCUUUUGAAAUCUGUUCGUGCUGCAGCUGUGGUCACAUCUAUCAGCCAGCGCUACCAGGAGUCUGUGCCGGAGCUGCCUCUGUCCUGCACCCAGGCCACAAUCAUGAGCCCUGGCCCUACCCCCGGAAAGACGAGGCCAGUGCUGACCAGAGCAUGUCUCACCAGUUCUGUGAUAGACCACACAAAAUGGAGUUCUUUGGGCAACACUUUUGGGAAACAGUGCUUACUACAUGGGCUGAUAUUCAGCCUGAGCCCUUUCUGAAGGGCACAGUGAUACCAGUGGUUUAUGGCUGAGGUCCAUUCUGAUUGGUAGGAGCCUCUGCCAUACUAGUUGUUAAAUAUUUUGAGUAUCACCAUUGUAUACUAUAACUGUUAUAUUCUCUU